GGGGACAGCAUUGGCGGCGGCACCGGCAGCAGCGCGGGAGGGUGCGGCUCGUCCCGGAUCGACACUUCCGGCGGCGGGACGGUGCCGGCGGUGGGCGCCAUGGGGAACCGCGGGCAGGUUUUGAAGCUUUUUAAGUUGUUGCACAGAACACGGCAAGAAGUUUUUAAAAAUGAUACAAGAGCCCUUGAAGCUGCAAGACAAAAGAUAAAUGAAGAAUUCAGAAAUAACCGAGAUGAGACAUCUGAAGAGAAGAUUAAUGAGCUUCUUAAAAUAGCUUCAGAUGUUGAAGUGAUUCUCAGAACUUCUGUUAUUCAGGCGGUUCACACAGAUUCUGACAAAAUAGUACUCAUACCCAGGAAAGAUCUGCUGCAGGACAACACUCCUUACUUAGAUAAACCAACAAAAAAGCAAGAAUCCUGAUGAAAUAUUGUUACCAGGAAAAAAGAGACUGAAAUCAACUCCCUGAUUUUAUUGAGUGCUGGGAUAUCAUCAUGCACUUGUUCUGUGAAAGAUAGUAAUACUUUCACAGAACUUAAAAGUACCCUAAUGAAUUGUUUUACUUGAGCCAGGAAUGUUUCUGAUUAUGGCAGUUCUCAGACAGAGAUUAUUUCCCAUCAAUCCAGAAUUUUUCAAAGCUAUAUAAAAAUUAAAUAGAGUACUUAAUACCGAUAAUAUUUAUUUUUAAGUAUAUGGUCAAUCAUAAGCUUCUUUGAAGUAAUGAAAACUCAUCUUGUGGCAUUUAAUGUUAAAUUUAUGCUUUGUACCAAAAGCAUGAUUUCUGAAGUUGUCAUUAAUUGUAAACUAGUAUACUGUGAGGCUUGAGAGCAUUCUUAAAGGUUUAUCUGAAUAAAUUAUUUGUGUUUUACAAAUGGGAGAGCAUGUUUAGUGUUUUUCGUCUCCCAUACACUCUGGAAUGAGCAGGAAUGUUAAGGUUUGAGUUCUCAGAUGACAGCACAAGAGAACCUAGACACAACAUAGCCUAAGGAUGUUGGUUUAUGAAUUUGUGGUUUGUGUUUUAACUGGUAAUCAUUGAGUGACUGAGGCAUUUUUCCAAAGAAAAGGCCUUGCUGUUUAGUUGCAAGUGAACUUGCCUAGAGUGAAUAUAUGCUAAGUGUGAUUAGUAAGCCCUAAUAAUUUUCAGGUUUUUUAAAGGAUACUUCCUUGUUUCUUGUGGAAUUCAUUGCAAUGAUCGGUUCACUUCCAUUUUAAUUGGAAGGUGGUACAACUGCAGUGAUACAUAGAAUCUUUUCUUCAUGAAAUUGAUAGCAGGCACCACCCUAGGAUCUAAGUACCUCACACAGGAGUGAGGCAGUCUGGCAAUAUGUCUCGCAUCAUGAGUGUUGCUCUAUCUGUUGUCUCAGUCUCCAAGAUGCCAGAAUUGCCUAUCUGUAUGUGUACUGAUUAGGCUUGACUGGCUGAAUAAACCAGAAAACUAGUCCCUUCAUCCAGUCUUUUUUUUUUCUCACAAAGCAUGUCAAUGUGACAAGUACUCCUUUCUUUAAAACUGUUGCCUUUGGCUGCAAUGGCCAGGGCAGCCAGCAGGAAAUACAGCUGUCAGUAACCCUCUGAAUCGCACUGAGACUCCCUGCACUGUAGCUAAAAGGCACCAGGCACAUGAUAGGAGGUAGAAUUAAAUGACUGCAGUUCUUGCCAUAUGAUGUGUUCUAGUGGCUACUACUACAAAACAAAUGUCUCUGUCUGUAAGGAAUGUCCUGUUCUAGGCCCCUGGUAUUGUUUACUUCCCUAAGGACUACAUUCUAUGUCUGGGUUCCCAUCCUUCUGCAGCCUGUCUACAAUGACUUUUUUUUUUUUCCUAUAAGGGGCAUAAGAGAGUCAUAUGCCAGAAAGGGAAAAUACAAGGUAGUGACAACUGUAAAGAGAAAGCAGAGCAUUGCCUCAGGUGAAAUGACUAGCUUUUGAACAGAAGUAAUUAAACAGGGGUCUGGCAAGACUGGGAAAUUAUAUAACCAUCAAGGUGGACAUCCCAUGGCAUGUUGGAAUUGGGGAGAAUAGCCAAUAGCCACCUCUCAUAGCCACUGCCUUAGGCUGUGGGUGUAGCCUUAGAGAUUUUAUCCUUCAGAUUGAUUUUAUAGAACUGAUGCCUGGUAAGUUUUCACUCUUUCACUACAGAUGUAAAACAGUAUUGCAAAUUACCAUGCAAAAUAGGUAGUAAAAGACUUCAGCGAUAUCAGUGGUAGAUGGUGGUCUUCUGUAUGCUCUUCGAGGAAGCCUCAAGUGGAGAAAUUUGUCAUGUUGACUACUGCUCUGAUAUCAUUCUGCUGUCUUGUGUUCUAGGGUUUUAUUUUUAGUAAGAAUACAUCAAUAGAAAUACAGUAGGGAAGUGUCAACUUACAGGAUCAGGUUUGCGAUUCAAUGGGCAUUUGUGUCCUUCAGCUUACAUAUAUCUUGAAUACUCAUUAUAAAAAUACAGAAUGAGUAGCAUACACAACUGGUGAAAAUAAAGUACCUUGUAAAAAUA